AUGGAAACCUCCCCGACCUCCAUGCGCAAUGCUGCAUUCGGGGAGGUGUCGGUGUUUGUGUUUGAGAAGCGAUGCGCGGAGAAGCUGCACAAACCGAAGCGGAAAGAGACGGUCACCGAACUGCUCAGGGGAAGUGUCAGGCAGUUGGAGCGGUUUCGACAUCCCAAAGUGCUACAGGUCCUGCACCCGGUCGAGGAGAGCAGUGACACGCUUGCGUUCGCCUCUGAGCCGGUGCUCGCUUCGCUCGCCAACAUCCUGGCCUUCCACCAGGAUGCUCCGUCCACGGCGCAUGCGCCUGCCACGGGCGCCUCCUCGCAGACAUCCGCCUCCAACCACCCCCCACCCCAGCCGCCCCACGCCAAGGACUACCAGUUCUUGGAUAUCGAGCUCAAGUACGGCAUACUACAGAUAACCGAGGCACUAACUUUCCUGCACUACUCAGGUCACGUGCUCCAUCGCAACGUCUGCCCGAGCAGCAUCCUCGUCACCAAAAAAGGCACAUGGAAGUUGGCCGGCCUCGAGUUCACUGGUAAGUAAUAAAACCAUUAAAAUA